CCCCGCCGGCCGGGUGGUGGCGGAGCCAUGGCGGACCGCACGGCCCUGGACAGUCUCAUCGAGAUGGGCUUCCCGAGGGCGCGCGCCUCCUUUGCUCCUAGGGAGAAGGCUCUGACGCUGACGGGAAACCAGGGCAUCGAAUCUGCCAUGGACUGGCUGAUGGAGCACGAGGACGACGGCGACGCGGACGAGGCCCCGUCUCCCCCGUCGGGCCGCCCUUCGGGACCCGGCUCUCCGAGCGGAGGGAGUGACCGCCCGGAAGCACCCGGCGGGGCCGAGGGAGAGGAGAAGCCACCGCUCAGCGAGGAAGAGAAGAGAGAACAGACCAAGAGAAUGCUGGAACUGGUGGCCCAGAAGCAGCGGGAGCGGGGAGAGAGGGAGCAGCGAGAAGCGGUGGAGCGGGAACGCCAGCGCAGGAGACAGGGGCAGGAGCUGUCGGCCGCACGCCAGCGGCUGCAGGAGGAUGAGAUGCGCCGGGCGGCCGAGGAACGGAGGAGGGAACGGGCCGAGGAGACGGCGGCCAGGCAGCGGGUGCGGGAGAAGAUUGAGAGGGACAAAAUGGAGCGGGCCAAGAAGUUUGGCGGCGCCGGACCUCAAGCCUCGUCCCCUGCGACCGAGCCAGGCCCGGUCCCCUCCUCUCCCAGCCAGGAGCCACCCACCAAGCGGGAGUACGACCAGUGUCGCAUUCAGGUGAGGCUGCCGGACGGGAGCUCCCUGACGCAGACGUUCCGGGCCCGCGAGCAGCUGGCGGCGGUGAGGCUGUACGUGGAGCUGCAUCGCGGGGAAGAGCCCGGGGGCGGGCAGGACCCCGUGCAGCUGCUGAGCGGCUUCCCCCGCCGGGCCUUCUCGGAGGCCGACAUGGAGAGACCUCUACAGGAACUGGGUUUGGUGCCUUCUGCUGUCCUCAUUGUGGCUAAGAAAUGCAACAGCUGAAGAGCACCUUCCUUCCCCACCCCCCAUCCCUUUCCUCUCCCCCUAGAUCCGCCCCCCCCUUCCCUGACAGAGCACUGACCACCCAAAACAUAAUAAACAGAUCCCCUGAA